AUGUCUUCCACUUCGCCCCUUCCCGUGUCCCGAAGCCGCGCUGCCAAAAUUCCCUCUGAUCAGAGAAAACUACUGGAGAAGCAAGAUUCUUGGGCAGUAGACCUGAGGAACCAACCUCACGGUCUGGUCAACGUUCCCUAUCACAUCCUGGAAGCAGCCAAGGCAGCACAUCUCGCCCAGAAGAGAAAGUCGCAAGGGCAAACUCCAAAGUCGAAGAAACGAAGUGCCAGUCCUGUUGCGCCGGUUAGCAGCAAGCGCAUGCGAAAUGGCGAUGAGACCACUCCAAAGGCCAAUUCCGAGAGACCACCCCAAUCAUCCCCCGAACGGUUAAUACCAUGGAGUCCCAGUCCACCACGCGAUCAGCCUAAGAAAGCAAAUCCUAUACAGGUAGCUGUUGAAACAACUACACAAUCGCAAAUCGUGCACGAGACCCCAGAAACAGGCUCCACAAGGCCAGGUCCACUACAACGACAACGACCUUCGGUACCAACGUUUGAGAACCCACCUCCGUCAGAAUCUGAAGAUGACAUGGAAACAAGGAUCCCAGAUGCCCAGUCGCUCGUGAAUAUCUCAAUUAACCAAAGUGCGGUUCGUUCCAACCGAGCCGUGCCGCCUCUACCAUCUACAGACAAACCCAUGGCUACACCACCAUGCGCCCAGCCGAGCAAUUCCACACAAUCAUCAGGCCUGGAUCCAGCCGUCGCAAAUAAAGCAUCCCCAGAGAAGACUGGCAGGUCGGAAAGGGGGAAAAGCCGACUCGUCUUUAAGCCCAUCGACGUUGACGACGUUGGUAAGAAGAAGAAGAGGAACUACCCCGAAAAGGAGCGUCUCAAACCUACAAUAAUGCCCCCAGCAGUUGAUAGUUCGAGACCGGCUUCAUCAGAUUCUUUCGUUCCCAGUACAUACAAGGUGCCGGCUACCCAGGAGUCUAUAAGAGAGUCUAUCGAGGGUAACGAGGACAGGGGUGAAGAAGACGAGGGAACUGAUCGGGCCGAGGUGACAAUACCGUCAACCGACAGUCAAGAAGACACGAGAAAGCCUUCUAACCGUCACUCGGUGUCUGCGUUGAAAUCCAAAUCCCUCCCUAAUGUCAGAAGUGCUGCGAACCAGGCUAGACCGUCCACACGGCAAGCCCAGCAACAACAAGCUCAGCAACGGCGUAUCCAGCAACAAACUACCCCAACACCAAUGGGCCCACCAAAACGAAUCACAUCGACAAACUCUCACAAGCCUUUGGUCAACCACGAGGUGGCUAGGCAACCACCCUCAGCUGUUCCGUCAAGCAUAGCUCCAGGAGCUCCUCUUGAGCCGUUUGAAACAUUUGUACAACAUUACCCCACGUAUGCAAGUGGUGACGGUGGCCGGGUGGCAGCAGGUACCAAGCUCCACUUCAUCACCGCAUGCGUGUAUCUGAACUACCUUCGUUCAAAAAAGCUACUUCGAGAUUAUAUGUACGACGAGUUCAUCCGGGCUUUCCCACGAUACUAUAAGGAGUACGUCGAUGGGACCCGGAGGCCAGCCAUGGUUGCCAUUAAAUGGUUCAACAAGCAGACAGAUCCCCCAGUCUUUACCAAGCAUUUAGUUCACAGGGGUAAUCUUAGCCACAUCAUGAGGAUGUACCCUGAUGAGUUUAUCGAAGUGAACGAGAAGCUUCUCAAAAAGAAGGAUGGGGACGAGCUCAGUAUUUAUACGAGUUCAGAGAAUGAGGAGUCGAGCGAUGAACAAGACGUUUCGAGCCCGGUUCUAAAGAGGCCGGGCAAGAAAGCUCCAAGUCCCUCGCCGCCCGUUGCAUCGUACGAGAGUGCUAUGGACAUAACUCUCUCCGAGAUCCUGCCAGCUCAUGUAUCGAGCUCCAUGCGGAGGCCGUCUGUAGCCGCAGGAAAAGAGACGGAGCACGAGAUGCGAGCGGAGGCCAGAACAAAGGUCAAAACAGAGGCCAACGCAACAGCCAAAGCAAAUGCUAGAGAAAAGGCCAACACAGAGGCCAGAGCGAAGGUCAGAAACGACAGAACAGAGCCCAGCACUACCCCCGUCAUCCAAGACUCGCAGGACUACGUUACAAGCGCAGCCCGAGCCCUCACGAACUCAGCACGUCACAACCCAGGCGCCUCCUCCCCCUUCACCCAAAAUCCCAGAACCAUCAAUGCUACCACCAUCAUCUAUACCAGAUCCAGUAUCAUCAAUAAGGAGGGGUCCUCGGCCGUCCCCAUAUUUGGAAAAGCUUGCCUCGAGGAGUCGCGCCAGUUUGGGCAGUAG